AUGUGCCCGGUAUACCCCUCCACAUGUGCCCGGUAUACCACUCCACAUGUGCCCGGUAUACCACUCCACAUGUGCCCGGUAUACCCCUCCACAUGUGCCCGGUAUACCCCUCCACAUGUCCCCGGUAUACCCCUCUACAUGUCCCCGGUAUACCCCUCCACAUGUGCCCGGUAUACCCCUCCACAUGUGCCCGGUAUACCACUCCACAUGUGCCCGGUAUACCACUCCACAUGUGCCCGGUUCAUUGAUGUUAACGUGCUCAGUGGGUCCCUUCCUGACUCUAUCACUGCGCUCAGUGCACUCGUCUACCUCAUCGCAAGCCACAACCUUCUCUCUGGCCCCCUCCCCACCAACAUUGGCCAGCUUCCCAAGCUUGCCUUCCUGUCUAUAAGCAACAACUCUCUAUCAGGACCCCUCCCGCCCUCCAUGGGCCAGCUCAAUCACCUGCAGAUCCUGGAUCUGUCUCGCAACCGCCUCUCUGGUGCCAUUCCAGAUGCGUUUGCUGACAAGCCUGCCCUCAACUCCAUAGAUCUCUCUUUCAACGCUCUCACAGGCCCCCUUCCUCCCACGCUGUCCACCUGUGCCUCUCUCUACGCGCUGGACGUCAGCAGCAACUCUCUCAGCGGCGCUCCCGCCACCGUUGUCAGCAACAUGCCUACCCUCUCCUACCUCAAUCUAUCUCAAAACUACUUUACAGGCCUGGUCCCGCGUGUAACGGACAGCCAGCAGAUGGUCUCCUAUGAUAUCAGCUCCAACUAUUUCCAUGGACCUGGGCUUGUUUCCGACACCACCCCCCUCGCGCUGCCCCUCUGCAAGACGGGGUUCGAGCCGGGAACCUUCUCGGCAGCUUCCAACUGCCUGGUGUAUGGCGUUGCGACGGAGAAUUCCUGCCCCACUCGCACCGGCCCCAUGAGCACAGGGGAGCUGCUGCAGGUCGACACCCAACGCUCAGCAGCAGCCUGCCUCGCCUUUUGUCGCACAAACGUCACUCGCACCGCGGGCAACUCCCAGUGCGGCUCGCUGGGGACGUGCGUGGUGGAGUUGUCAGGGUCUCCCCCCCGCCCCUCCUUCACCUGCGACUGCUUCAAGGGGACUCUCCGCUCCCCCGACGGGCUAAACUGCUCCGCAAUCG